AUGGAAGAAGUUAAGCCUGUGAAUUUCAUUACCGUUCUUAGCAUUGAUGGCGGAGGCGUCCGAGGAAUCAUUCCUGGUGUUAUUCUUGCCUACCUUGAAUCUCAACUUCAAGAGAUAGAUGGUGCUGAUGCAAGACUUGCAGAUUACUUUGAUGUAAUUGCUGGGACAAGUACUGGUGGUCUCAUUACAGCCAUGUUAGCAACUCCAAAUCCAAACAACCGUCCUUUAUUUGCUGCCAGAGAUAUUGUUCCAUUUUACCUUAAAAACUUGCCACUUAUUUUUCCACAGAAAAGUGGAAUAUUUGCGCCGAUCAUGAACGUAGCGAAAGCUUUAACAGGACCUAAGUACACUGGAACGUAUCUCCAUAAGACAAUAAGAGAGGUGACAGGGAAUACACUUUUGAGCCAAACUCUCACAAACAUUGUUAUACCAUCUUUUGAUAUUGAAAAACUUCAACCAACCAUUUUUUCCUCAUAUCAGAUUGAUGCUGAGCCAGCUUUAGAUGUAAGACUGUCAGAUAUCUGCAUAGCUACCUCUGCUGCUCCAACUUUUUUACCAGCUCACUAUUUUGAGAUACAAAAUGAACAAGGAAGAGUGAUUAAAAAAUACAAUCUCAUUGACGGAGGUGUUUGUGCCAACAAUCCGACUAUGGUUGCAAUAAGAGAAGUGAUAAAAGAUAUGAUAAGGCAACCACAAGGGAGAAAUGAGAGUAAUGUUGGUAUAGGAUAUGAUCGUUUUCUUGUGAUAUCAAUAGGGACAGGAUCAAACAAAAGUGAGAGAAAGUAUAGUGCUAAAAUGGCAGCAAAAUGGGGAGUUUUGACAUGGCUAUUCAACUCUGGUGCAACUCCAGUUAUUGAUUGUUUCAAUGAAGCAAGCACUGAUAUGGUUGAUUACCAUAACUCUGUCCUUUUUACUGCUCUACAAUCUCAAGACAACUAUCUCAGAAUUCAAGAUGAUACAUUAGAAGGAGAGUUAGCUUCGGUGGAUAUAUCUACUAAAGAUAAUCUGAAUAAUCUGGUGAAAGCUGGUGAGAAUUUAUUGAAGAAAAAAUUUACUAGAGUGAAUCUAGAUUCAGGCAUAUAUGAAACAGUUCUAGAUAAAGGAACCAUUCAGGAAGAACUCGAUAGGUUUGCUAAUAAACUCUCCGAUAUAAGAAAAAAGAAAAAUUCCGAGCAUAAAAAUGGCAAGUGA